CUCGCCGCGGUCGAGUUUGCCAUCUGCUGGUCGCCGCCGCCGGGGCUGCUGCAGCAGUGCCCCAACCUCAAGGCGGUGCAGUCGAUGGGGGCGGGGGCGGACAGCCUGGUUGGGGACGCCACCAUCCCGCGGGGCGUGCCGCUGCUGCGGGUCAUCGACCCUCUUAUGAGCGAGCGCAUGGCCACAUGGGUGCUCUGGGGCGUCAUCAACUGCCAGCGCAAGUGCGACGCGUACCUGGCGGCGCAGCGGGAGGCGCGGUGGGACAAGGGGGUGGAGGACUUCCGCAGCAUAGACAACGGCGAGCUGCGGGUGGGGGUCAUGGGCCUGGGCGUGAUGGGCGGCGCGGUGGCCGACACGCUGGUGCGGCUGGGCUACCGCGUGUCUGCCUGGACGCGGCGCCCGCGGCGGCACGCCGGCGUGGCCUGCUUCCACGGCGCGGAACAGCUGCGCCAGUUUGCGGCGGCGGCGGACGUGCUGGUGUGCCUGCUGCCGCUCACGCCCGAAACCAGGCACAUCAUUGACGCGCGGCUGCUGAGCUGGCUGCCAGCUGGCGCCAGCGUGAUAAACGCGGCGCGGGGCGGCCACCUGGCGGAGCCAGACCUGCUGGCGGCGCUGGAUUCCGGCCACCUGGCCUCUGCCAUCCUGGACGUGUUUGACCCCGAGCCUCUGCCCGCCUCCUCCCGCCUGUGGGCCCACCCCCGCGUCCGCGUCUUCCCGCACGUCUCCUCCAUGACCAACAUCGAGACGGCGGUGGCGCAGAUGCUGAGCAACAGGUAG